AUGCCGUGCCCCGACUGCAGACACGUCUCCAGGGAGGAGAACCCCAAGUUCUGCAGCAAUUGUGGCCUGAGGUUGCAGCCUGCCGGCCUGCCAGGGCCGGAGUGCGCCCCGCCCCCGGUGGCCCCAGGCCCCGAGGGAGCACUGGAGGGUGGGCAGGAGCUGAAGGAGGAAGCCGGCGUUGCCUCCCCCCUGCACCCCAGCGACUGGCAGCAAGACCCCGACGAGCCCUCCUCGGACUCCUCAUGGAUUACCCAGAAGAGCAAGAAAAGGAGGAAAAGGAGCAAGCUGGCGUCUGUGUCCAAGGGGCCCGAGUCCUGCUCCCUGCCGCCCACAGGGCCCUGCGCUGCCACCCACCAGCAGAGGGACACCAGGGAAGAUGCAGCUGCCCACGAGCCUGAGCGGAAGGGGAGCAUCCCUGUACCCCGAGAAGAGCCGAAGGCUGUGAGCCCUGGGGAAGUGCAAAGAGAGCCCGGAACGGUCAAAGCCAAGGAGAGAUCAGGGCAAAGGGGCAGCGUAGAACCAGAUGCCCCAAAGCAGCCAACAGAGGCCAGAGGUGGUGACGGGCCAGGGCCAGCGGCGGGGAAAGCCAAGAAGGAGCAGUGCUCCGAGAAAGCAAAGGUGGCCCCGGUGCCCAACAGCUCGCUGAAUGCCGACCCCGGCGUGACCGUGUACUUCCACGCCAUCCUUUCGAAGGACUUUGCCUUCAAUCCCGACCACGACAGAGUUGUCAUCAGGGGCGGGAGUGAGUUCGGGGAGCCGGCAUGGCAGCGCUGUGUGUGUGAGAUGACCUGCAGCCGGCUCUUAGAAGGCCACGGCUUCCUGGUGGAGGGCAGCACCUUCCUUGCGCGCUGCUACUUGGACAAGCCCAUCCCUUACAAGUACGUGGUGGUGCGGGGCCCGGGCUCUCUGGAGUACGAGUUCAUCUACAAGCCAGCAAAGAAGCUCGUGAACCGCUGUCUGCUGGUGAAGUCGACCCUGCUGAGCUCUGGAGACUGGCACCAGUACGACGACAUCAUCUGCGUGAAGUCCACAAGGUGGAAGAACUUCUCGAACUACUUCACUGACAGUCACCGGAAGGACGUGGUGAAGGGGAAGCAGCUGGCCGCGGCCGUGAUGCUGGAGAGCGUGUUCAGCAUCUUGGGGGACUGGAGCGUGGCCAACGUGGCAGCCUUCUCCCGCCAGCUACAGCAGCUCUUCUGUGUGCUUUGCCGGCCCAUGGUCUACGAGGACGGCCUAAAAGUGUGGACCGAGCUGGAGUACGGGGACAAGGAGGUGAAGGAGCAUCUAUGGAGUGUCCUGAGGGAGAAGCUGGCAGCGGCUCUGUGUGGCACGGCCCUGCCCCAGGGCUGGCCCCCAGUGCUGCAGGCGGGCCUCCUGGCGUUCGUCUUGGGGCAGGAGCUCCAGCUGCCCAUGACCACCGAUGACCUGGGCCUACUGUGCCAGUGCCUGUGCUCUGCCCCUGCCGCAGACGCCGCUGCUGCCCUGCGCAACUGCCCGGCCCCUGUCUUCAGCACCUCGCGCAGCUGGGAGAGCUACCUGGCCUCCCUGUGCCAGUGCUGCAGGAACACGGGUGUGCAGCUGUGGGUGUGUGUGCUCCCUCUGCUGCACCUCACCGCACCCCAGGCCCCACCUGCAGCCGGUGCCGAGCAUCAGUCGGAGGCCAUCUGGGCCGGUCUUAAGGACAUCAGCUUCUCAACUUCUCGGGAGAAGAAGCCAGAACAGAGCAAGUUACUGGAGCUGAUGGGGAAGUACAGGCACCUGCUAGUGGGGGACCCGUUCCUCCUGCGCUCCUGGUUCAGCCUGCUGCAUCUGGACCAGCUGGACACCUUCAUGAGCUGCUUCCGAGACUACCUGAGCAGCUCCCCGGCCGAACUGCUCGACUGUCUGUGGGGAACCUACUUCCGGCUCUGCAGGCGCCAGGAAGUCUGUUUCGAAGGGCUGGCUUCGGAGAGCAUUGAGGCCAUUUUGAAGAGUCUCUUGUACCUUCUGGAAAAUCUUGAAAACAAGACCCUCUGGGAAACCUUGGCUGCCUCCUACCUCUCCGUGGCCCUCAAGCUUCACAGAAGCAUCUGCGAAAGGAUUAAGAGACGGGACUUCUACAAGCUCCCCGCGCUGUCUGCACAGCUGGUCUGCAGCAUCGUCGUGCUGAAGCAAGCAGGGGACUCAGCGGCGGGCCGAGAAGGGGCAUCUGGGGACAAUUCCGUGACCACCAUCGUGCAGGGUACGCUGACAGCGACAAGAGAAUGGAUCGGGAGAAUGUUCCAGAAAUCUAUGCUCCAGGUUUCGAAAAUCACUGGGGUCACAUUCACCUACCGAGAGGAGAUUAAGGUCUGGAAGGAGCUGGUGGACGUGGGCUUCCCUGCCGAGCUCGGCUGGCAGGAGGCCCUGCUGGGGGACAUGGAAGGGCGACUGAAGCAGGAGAAGCCCCAUGCCCAGAUCUCGGCCUUCUGCAGCUCCGCCUGGGACUCUGUGGGCACCGCCAGCAGCGUGGCCAAGCGUGUAGAAAAAUGUGCCAUCGAGGCUGUGAACUCUUCCUGCCAGUCCCAGGCCAGCAUACUGGACGGGCUGUCGUGUCAGGACCAGCACAAACUCAGCACUCUGCUGUCGGCCGUGGUCACCGCAUCCUGGCCCCGGCACCAGGGCACUGCCACUGACAAGCCAGACGAAGUUCUGAAGCACCUGCUCACCUGCCCAGAUGCCCUGCACGUCUUUAGGCUGCUCGACACCGGGGACAUGCUCAGGAGCAUCUCCACUGAGGCCAGGGAGCUGAUGGCCAUGGCCAACUCCGUGUUCAACAGGGCUGUCGGCGACCUCAGGUCUGGGGCCAUCACACUCAAGCAGCUAGAGCUGACCCUUCAGCAUGAGAAGCAGUUCCUGGACAUCUGGCAGAUACGUACGCAUGCGCAGGAGGGCCGGGAGCAGCUGCCAGACCUGCAGCUGGUGCUGCAGUGGCGGCGGGAUGAGCUUUGGCUCCUGGAGCAGGAGCGGGCCCACGUGGGCAGCCUCCUGCAGCUGUGCGCCGAGGUGCAGCUGCUGGUGGAAGUGGACGUGAGUGACCUUGAAGAGAGACACAAGGCGGACCUUGGUGAGUUCCAGCUGCUGAGCUUGGUGGAAGUGAUUCUGUCCCCCGCUGAGCCCGCGGACCGCAGGGGCACCAAGCAUUUCUACCUGAGCAAUCGCGUGCGUGACAUGGCUGCCGAGAUGCACCUGUUCAGGGCCAGCCAUGUGUUCCACACCUUCUGGAAUGAUGUCGCACGUGAGCUGCAUGACCAGUAUGAGGACAAGGACGAGGACGAGGACGAGGACGAGGAUGAGCAGGAGGAGGCGUCACUGCUAGUCCUCAGGCUAAAGGAUGCCUAUAACCUCUUGUAUCAGCCCUGCCGCAGAAAGUUCCAGAAGCUCUACCAGGACCUGAAAUCAGGCGAGGUCACCUUUGGGGAUGUCGACUAUGUCUUCCGCGACUUCAGGGACAAGUACGAUGACCUGGCCAGCGACCUCCAGCUCAUGUGUGCCCUGGGUGGCUUGGACCCUGGGCACUGGGUCCCUGAGCGAGUGAUGCAAAUCCGAGAGUUCCAGCACCUACACCAAGCCGUUGACUCAGCCCAGGUCAUCCUCAAGGUCAAGGACAUCCUGGGCUUGACUGGUGACUUCAGUAUCCUGCAGACUCUGCUGAGUUUCACGGACAACUUUGCUGAGUUCCGCCACAAAAAGCUGAAGGAGAUGAACCGCCAGUUCAUCCGGAGCCGGCAGCUGCUCCACGGCAUGACCAAGCCUCAGCACCAGUGCCUGCAGGAGCUGAGUCUCAGGAAGGAGUUUGUCGACUGGGUCAAGGAUGCGCUGGAAGGUGGCGUCCCAGACCUGAAGGUGUUUGUGGACCUGGCAUCCAUCUCAGCCGGCGAGAACGACCUUGAUGUGGACCGCGUGGCCUGCUUCCACGACGCCGUGCUGGGCUACGCCUCGCUGCUCUUCAAGCUGGAGUCUGGCGCCGGCUUCCUGGAGUUCAUGGAGCAGCUAAAGGAGGUGUGGAAGGCGCUGGAAAGUGACCGUCACCUGUCCCGGAAGCUGGGGGACUCAGCGCGGAAUCUAGACUGGCUGAAGACGGUCAGGGAGAGCCACGGCUCCGUGGAGCUCUCGUCCCUGUCGCUGGCCACGGCCAUCAACAGCAAGGGUGUGUAUGUGAUCGAGGCGCCUGCCGAUGGCCAGGAGAUCUCCCCUGACACCGUGGUGCGCUUGUUCGUGCGUGAGAGCCAUGAUGAGCGGGACACGGAGCGGGAGUGCUCCCUGGAGGAGCUCAGGGAGCUCCUGAACAAGCUGAUGCUGCUGUCGGGGCUGAAGGAGCAUGGGGCCACCGAGGUGGAGCUAUUUUCUGAGGUGUUCAGCAACGUGGAGAGGCUGGUGGCGGCAUUCACACAGCUGCACGGCGCCGGGCACACACUGUUCCGGGAUUGGAGGGCCGAGGUGCACUGCGGUGCUGGCGAGGGCACCGUGGUCCUGGACUUCCGCUCGGGCCUGGGCGAGCAGCUGGAGGGCCACGGGCCAGUGGCGGGGCUGCUGGCAGGCGUGUGCCGGGAGCUGGAGGCCUUCCUGGGGCGCUGGUGGGACUUUGUGGCCGAGCAGCGGGCCCAGCACUUCUACCUCAACUUCUACACGGCUGAGCAGCUGGUGCUGCUGGGCUCGGAGCUAUGCCGGCAGCCGCCUGGCGCAGACGCACUCACCCUGCUCACCUUCCUCCUCAACAGCUGCACCCCCGGGGAUGUCGCCAGUGCCUGCGAGGGGCUCGGGGAUAGGCCAGCCGCUUGCGCCCAGGGUCCGGCGCUGGGCAAGCUCCCACCCGAGGCUGGCCUGGUGGCCCAGUUGCGGGGGUUCCUGGAACAGUCUGUGGAGGGUGCCUUCCCGCCGUCCAGCCUGUCCCUGGGUGACCUGGGCCGCUGCCUGGCUGUGCUGGCCAGCCGGGGCAGGUCACCUGUGCAGCGGGUGCUGCCCCGCGGCCUGAACGCCGGCCGACCCAACCUGGUCUUGUGCAGCCCGGCUGAGGUGCUGCCGGCCGCGCUGGCCUUGUACAUGCAUAGCCCGGAGCAGCCCCUGCCCUCUUACGACGAGGCGCUGCUCUGCGGCCCCGACACCCCCUUCGAGGACGUAGAGCUGCUGCUGCGCCGCUGCCUGGCACCUGACGCCCCGGGCCGCAGCCUCUACUCGCUGCUCUUUGCCGACCGGCUGAGCUUUGAGGUGAGCCGCCGGGCUGAGAUGCUCUUCCAGCAGCUAUGCUCGCGCCCACACCGUGAGGACUUCCAGCUGGUGCUGCUGUGCGACGACCAGCACGAGCACAGUUACCUGCCUGCUGCCUUCAGCCGCGACAAGGCCCUCGUCACACCCCGGCAGCCACUGCCCGCCCUGCAGGCCUACCUAGCACGCCACCUCCAGGUGCCUGUGCACACGCCUGCUGUCUUCCACGGCGACACCUGCGUUGGCCUGGUGACCUCACACCGUGCCGGAGUUGGAAAGUCUCUGUAUGUGAGGAGACUGUACGAGCAGCUGCGGCGGAAGGUGAAGGAUGCAGACGUGCCCAUGAAGGUCAUCCGGCUGACGGGGCACCGGGUGGACGAGCCCCGUGUGCUGGCCGCACUCCUGCCCUUCCUGGACAACCGCUACCAGCAGGGGUCCAUGCUGGUGCACCUGGACGUGACCUCGGCUGUGCUAGAGGGCACAGAGGAAUUCCUCUUCAAGCUCUUCGUCCUGCGCUGCCUGUCAGACGCCACAGGAAAAAUGUGGCUGCGGAACCCACGGCACCUCUACGUGGUGGAGACCCUGGAGGGCCCCGCAGCCCUGGGACAGCAGCCAGUGCGGCAGAACACACAGGCGUCCCAGACCAGCUUGCUGGACAUCUUCCCCAAGGUCACCUGCAGAACGCCCAAGGAUGUGAUGGCCGUGGAGCUGAGUCCGGAGGGCAGCUCUGGGGAGCCUGGCAUGGACGUGGCCGAGUUCCGCAGCGAGACGUUCCAGAGGCCUUACCAGUACCUCAGCCGUUUCUUCCGCAGGCAGAGCCUGGAUGCGUUCACGUACGUGAGUGGCUCCGUGGAGGGCUCGCCCGGCCAGUGCCUGCAGCUCCUGCUCAUCCACUGCGGCCUGGCCGACCCGUCGUGGGCCGAGCUGCGCAACUUCGUGCAGUUCCUCAACGUCCAGCUCCGGGACUGCGAGCACUCGCUCUUCUGCAACCUCAGCAUCACGGGGGACACGCUGAGGGGCUUCAAGGACUUUGUGGUGACCUUCAUGAUCCUCAUGGCACGGGACUUCGCCACCCCGACCCUCCAGUCCUCCGACCAGAGCCCCGGCCAGCACAGCGCCUCCCUGGACGGCAUCCCGGAGCAGGACCUGGCCCCGUUCUCUCUGCGGAAGCGCUGGGAGGCAGAGCCGCACCCCUACGCCUUCUUCAACAACGACCGCAUCACCAUGACCUUCAUUGGCUUCCAUGUCCAAGCCAACCACGAUGGCAGUGUGGACGCCAUAGACCCACGGACAGGGACCGUCCUCAAGAGGGCCAUCAUGAACCAGCGCCUGCUCCGGGGCCUACAGAACCAGUGUGUGCCCUUUAACCUGGACUUUGACGAACUGCCCAGAAGUGAGAAGCUGGACCGGCUCCGCCUGGCCUUGGGCAUCCCAUUGGCCAGCGACCCUGACGAGACGUACGAGCUGACCACCGACAACAUGCUGAAGAUCCUGGCCAUCGAGAUGCGCUUCCGCUGUGGCAUCCCGGUCAUCAUCAUGGGGGAGACGGGCUGCGGGAAGACCAGGCUGGUCAAGUUCCUGAGCGAGCUGCGGCGGGGCAGGGCAGACGCUGAGACGCUACGGCUGGUCAAGGUGCAUGGGGGCACCACAGCCAGCAUGAUCCACGCGCACGUCCGCAAGGCGCAGGCGCUGGCACUGCACAACAGGCGCACUCACCAGCUGGACACCAUCCUGUUCCUGGACGAGGCCAACACCUCGGAGGCCAUCAGCUGCAUCAAGGAGGUCCUGUGUGACCGCACGGUGGACGGCUGGCCCUUGGCCCCCGACUCUGGCUUGCACAUCAUUGCCGCCUGCAACCCCUACCGGAAGCACACACAGGAGACGAUCGAGCGCUUGGAGUCGGCGGGCCUGGGCUACCGGGUGCGCGCUGAGGAGACGGCCGAGAAGCUGGGCUCUGUGCCACUGCGGCAGCUGGUCUACCGCGUCCACGCGUUGCCGCCCAGCCUUGUCCCCCUGGUGUGGGACUUCGGGCAGCUGCAGGAUGCCACGGAGAAGCUCUACAUCCGGCAGAUUGUGCGGCAGCUGGCCGAGUCCCUCCCGCUCAGCGAGCCGCAGAUGAGAAUCAUCACUGAUGUGCUGUCGGCCUCGCAGGCCUUUCGGCGCAGCCCUGCGGGUGGGCACGGCUCUGUGAGCCUUCGGGACGUGGAGCGCUGCGGGCGCGUCUUCACGUGGUUCCUGCAGCAUAGCCAGGAGCUCCUGCAGCACCUCAGUGCCCUCCUGUACAGGAUGGGCGACGUGGCUGGCACCUUCGCCAGGGACCCCGUUCUCUGGUCACUGGUGUUGGCCGCAGGCGUGUGCUAUCACGCCGGCCUGGAAGAGAAGGAGCCGUACUGGAGAGCCAUGUGCCGCCUGCUUCCUGCACCCUACAACAGCAGCAGGGCCGUCCUGCAGGAGAUCGGCCGCGUGCAGGACCUCUUCCUGGACGGCGUGGCCCUGCGUGCAACCAUCGCCAGGAACCUGGCACUGAAGGAGAACGUGUUCAUGAUGGUGCUCUGCAUCGAGCUGAAGAUCCCGCUCUUCCUGGUGGGCAAGCCCGGCAGCUCCAAGUCGCUGGCCAAGGCCAUCGUGGCCGACGCCAUGCAGGGCCCCGCGGCCCCGUCUGAGCUUUUCCGAGGCCUGAAGCAGGCGCACCUGGUGUCCUUCCAGUGCAGCCCACACUCCACCCCGCAGGGCAUCGUGAGCACCUUCCGCCAGUGUGCCCGCUUCCAGCAAGGCAAGGACCUAAACCGCUACGUGGCCGUGGUGGUGCUGGACGAGGUGGGACUGGCCGAGGACUCGCCCACCAUGCCCCUGAAGGCCCUGCACCCGCUGCUGGAGGACGGCUGCAUUGAGGACGCGCCCGCGCCCCACAAGAAGGUGGGCUUCAUCGGCAUCUCCAACUGGGCCCUGGACCCCGCCAAGAUGAACCGGGGCCUGUCGGUGUCUCGCGGGAGCCCCUCCGAGAAGGAGCUGGUGGACAGUGCCAGGGGCAUCUGCUCCUCUGAACCACUGGUGCAGGCCAGAAUCCAGGGCUACUUCGGCCCCUUCGCCCGGGCCUAUGAGCAGGUGUGCCGGUUGCAGGACAGAGAGUUCUUCGGGCUCCGUGACUACUACAGCCUCAUCAAGAUGGUCUUCGCUGCCGCCAGGACAGCAAACCAGGAGCCCUCGCCGCAGGAGAUCGCGCACGCUGUGCUCCGGAACUUCAGCGGCAAGGACAACAUCGAUGCCCUGAGGCUGUUCCGCACCCAGCUGCCUGUGGUCGGAACCAAUAUCAGCACCAUGCAGAUGAUCCGCGAGAAUGUGCUGGGCCUGCAGCAAGCGGCAGGGAGUGGCUUGGAUGAGCCAGACACGCGUUACCUGCUGGUCCUCACCCGCAACUACGCAGCCCUUCCCAUCCUGCAGCAGUGCCUGCUCUGCGAGCACCAGGCUGAGAUCCUGUUCGGCUCCAGCUUCCCGCGGGACCAGGAGUAUAGCCAGAUCUGCCGGAACAUCAACCGUGUGAAGGUGUGCAUGGAGACAGGCCGCACGGUGCUGCUGCUCAACCUGCAGAACCUCUAUGAGAGCCUGUACGACGCACUCAACCAGUACUACGUGCACCUGGGUGGGCAGAAGUACGUGGACCUGGGGCUGGGCACCCACCGUGUCAAGUGCCGCGUGCACCCCAACUUCCGCCUGGUGGUCAUUGAGGAGAAGGAUGUGGUGUACCGGCUCUUCCCCAUCCCGCUCAUCAACCGGCUGGAGAAGCACUACCUGGACCUGCACACAGUGCUGGAGUUCUGGCAACAGCGCGCAGCUGAGGAGCUGCAGCGCUGGGCCCACAGCUUCGCCCACGUGCCCAUGGAGCACUGGGCUGGGCCGCCAUACGACCCUUCAGACGUCUUUGUGGGCUUCCAUGAGGACGCGUGUGCCGCCGUGGUGCUGCAGGUCUCCGAGCAGCUGGGGGCACGCACCUCUGAUGACAACGAGCUCUACCAGCGGGUGUUGGAGGCCGCCAGGCUGGUGCUGCUGGACAGUGCCACGCCCGAUGCUGUGGUGCGGCUGCCCACGUCAGCCCUGGACAGCUUUGCCGCCAAGGCCUUGGCGCACGAGUACUACGAGAGGCAGCAGCAUGACUCCCUGGUCGGCCUCCUGCGGGCGCAGCUGCUUGUCCUGGAACCCGCAUGCCCCGUCGUCCUUACCGAGGUGACCACGUUCUCCAGGCUGCUGACCAGCCAUGACCUGGAGGAGCUGAAGUCUGAGCUUCAGGACUGGUCCCCGAGGAUCUGGCUCCUGUCCCUGCAGCAGUUUGACACUGAGUGCUCCUUCCUUAGAGAAGUGCGCGCCUGCCUGUCCUCCGGGGCCCAGCACACCAUCCUCAUCAUCCAGAUGGAUUUCCAGGAGGCCCUGCACAGUGCCCAGCUCCUCGCUGCUGCCAAGUUCACAGUCAUGAACGAAGUCGGCCAGCUGCCAGGGACCCAGGGCUGCAUACAGGUCUAUUUCGUCACCAAGCUGUCCCGCAUGGGGGCCAGCUCCUGCUACGUGGGGUUUCAGGGUGGUCUGUGGCGGACUGUGCAUCUGGAUGACCUGCGGAGGGCCACUGCCAUGGUCUCAGACAUCACCAAGCUGCAGGAUGUGGCACUCAGCCAGCUCUUUCAGCCGGAAGAUGGGCCCCGGGAUGACAUGGAGCCUGCAGACGGCACCCAGGAAGCCAUGGACACUGAGUCCGACCUCCCAGUGGAGACAUCAGAAGAGGUGGACAUGGAGAGUCCAGGGAGCGUGGAAGAGGCGCCAGAACGAGCCAGGGGCCAGGUCCUUGACACCAUCCAGCUCCUGCGCAGCUGCAUCCAGGGUGCGGUGGGGCUUCUCCGAGACCCCCAGGAGGGCAGCCAGCGCAGCAUACAGAGGGUGGAUAUCCUGUUGAGCCUCUUGACCGAGGACUCCCUGUGGGCAGCCUCCUUCCUGCGGGUCCUCCAGCUGCGCCUGUGGCACCUUCUGAAGCAGCAGGAGGAGCUGACCCUGAGCCCCACCCAGUGGGUGGCACGCGUGGCCUCCAAUCAGGAGGCACUGCAGGAGGCUGGCACCUUCAGACACACCCUCUGGAAGCGUGUCCAGGCUGCAGUGACGCCUCUGCUGGCUGACAUCCUGGCCAUCAUCGACCGAGAGAACAACUUGUCGCUGCUGGUCAGGCCCGGAGUGCCUGGCUGGGUCCAGGAGCUCUGGAUGUUCAUCUUCAGUGACAUGAAGCUCCUGCACAUCCCCCUGGUGACGGGCAACUCCAGGGCCCGGGGCGAGACUCCAUGCGUGCGGGUACAGAGCUGCAUGCACCUGCUGGGAGACUCCAACACCAUGCCCUUCAGCUGGAGGAUCAAGGAACACCUGGAGGAGCUCUGGGCACAGGCGCAGUACAUCAGCGGCGCCCAAGGCCUGGCAGAGAAGCUGGUCCACAUCUUCCAGCAGACGCCUCUCGGCUGCUUCCUAGCACAGCUCGGGGAUGGGCUGCAGCAGGAGCUGUUGGAGACUUACUCGACGGACUUCCUCCUGCUGACCAUGAGAGUGUCCACGAAGGAAGAGCUGCAGUUACUGCAGGUGGCCCUGGGGUCAUGCAUCAGGGAGCUGCUGGCAGAGCGGCCCCGGGAGGGGCUGGCCUUGCCAUGGGUGCACCUUGCGUACCAGCACUUCCGGAGACGGCUGCAGAACCUCUCGAGAAUCCUGGCCGUCCAGCCCCAGAUCCUGCGCAGCCUCAGCGAGGACACCCACAGCCAUGGCACUGGGGAGAUGACGCUGGACGCCUUGGCAGCGCUGGCCUGUGUGGAGCUGCUGAGCACCCACCUGCUGGCACCCAACGCCCAGGCCUGGCUACAGUUGCUGACACGCCUCUCCACGCCCCUGGAGCUGCUCUGCUCCGACGCCUACCUGCAGGGCUGUGGCCCUAUCACCCAGAACGUGGCCAGGAUGGUCAGGGCCCAGUGGAACCGCAUACACGCACUUGGCCUCUUUGUGGAGCACGUGGUCCUGGGCACCCAGAGCCACGUCCCCGAGCUCAGUCAGCUGGUCACCCAGUACGUCGUCCAGCUCAACAAGUGUCUGAUGGAGGACUCAGAUGUCAAGUGCCCGCGGCCAUUCCAGGCAGUGAUGCGGACCCUCUGCGAGUGUAAGGAGGCAGCCAGCCGUGCCCUGUGCAGGUUCGGGAUGCAGCCGUGCCCCAUCUGCCUGAGGGACGCACAGGAGCCCGUGUGCCUGCCCUGCGACCACGUGUACUGCAAGUCAUGCAUCCAGUCGUGGCUGGCCACUGAGAACCAGUACUGCCCUCUCUGUCUCACUGCCCUGCCGGACAAGUUCACACUCCAGGUGUCCCCCCAGCAAAGGGAAGCCAUCAGCAAGCACGCCUGCUUCCGGGACCUGUGCACCAGCUUCUUCCUGGACCUGGUGUCAGCCGUGUGCUUCCGGGACAACACGCCGCCACACGCUGAGGUGGUACAGGCGCUGCUAUUGCUGCUCUUCACGGAGAAGCCGCAGCCCCGAGACCAGUCCCAGCGGCGCCGCCGGCACACCAAAGCUCUGUCCCCGUUCGACGACGUGGUAGACAAGAGUCCUGUCAUCCGCUCAGUACUCCUGAAGCUGCUCCUGAAGUACAGCUUUCAUGAAGUAAAAGCGUACCUUCAAGAUUACUUGUCCAUGCUGGAGAAUGGAGCAUUUAUCAUGGAAGACAAGACCGAGCUGUACAUCCUGUUCAGUAACUGCCUGGAGGACUCCCUGCAUGAGAAGACCAGCGCCCUGUCCCCGGUCGACGCCACCAAGCACCUGCAGGAGGAGACGCGUUUCCUUCAGAGCCACAAGGGUGGCGGGGCCACGUGGGCGGCAUCGGUGGAGGGACUGCAGGAGCUGGCGCGCCUGCGCCUGUGUCUGGACCAGGCGGCCGAGCUGCUGGUAGAGCUGCAGGCAGGCACAGCCGUGCCCGAUGAGCAAGGCAAGCGCCAGUUCCUGCAGCAGGCCGCCCAGUUCUGCCAGCGCAUCGGGAACGACUGGCUCCGCGUGUACCUGGUGCGCAGACUCGCCAGCCAGCACGGCCUGGAGACGACGCAGCACCUGACUGCACACUGCCCCAUUGCCCAGUGGGUGCUGCCCGCGGGCAUCCAGGCUCAGCAGAGGGACCAGCUGUGCCCCGUGGACGGCUUCCUGGUGUACGGCGAGGACUACAAGGCCGUUCGGGAGACUGUGGGCAAGAGCGUGCUGGACGGGGAGCUACAGGCCGUGACAGCAGCACUGAAGGCCAGCAAGAAGGCCAGGCCCUUGCAGGCCACCCACCUGCUCCUGGCGCUCUUCAGAGAGGUCAGCGCCCCACACGCAGCCCGCAGCGCCGCCCACCAGCCCGAGCUCCAGCCGUGCCAGCAUGUGGACAAAUUCAUCCAAGACAGUAAGGUCCUGUCUGCUCCCGCCCUCAAACAUUUCGCCACCUCCCUGGUGACCCACACCCUCCCACUGCUGUCGGCCGGCCUGGAGGGGAGCGUGGUAGACAUGGCCGUGCAUGCUGCUGUCGUGCUGCUCUGUGGACAGAGCCCAGAGUUGGAGCCGCUGAGGAAUCUGGCCUUCGCUCCGGCCACCAUGGCGGAGGCGUUUCUCCCCACCAUGCCCGAGGACCUGAUGACGCAGGCCCGGCACUGGCCGGGUCUGGAGAUGGUGCACUGGUACGAGUGCCCCAACGGCCACCCGUGCUCCAUUGGGGAGUGCGGCAUGCCCAUGGAGGAGAGCUUCUGUGUGGACUGCCGAGCUCCCAUCGGAGGUCGAGGUCACAGGCCCCGGGAGGGCUUCCACAAAAUCACAGACAAUAUAGACAGGACGCAGACGGGCCACGUGCUGGGAGAGCCGCUGCCCCAAGACCAGCCCGUCGUGUCUGACCGGGAGCUGCCCCCGGGGCCCUUCCUGCUUCUCCGCCUACUCACGCACUUGGCCUUGCUGCUGGGUGCCACCCACAGCCCCCAGGAUGUGGGACGCCUCAUCAAGCCGCCCGUCAGGGACCCCGUGGGUUUCCUGAAGCGGCAUCUGCAGAGUGACCUGGAGCAGCUGGUGAAGAUGCUGGGCAGGACCAAGGACGAAUCAGCCAACACCAUGCACCUGGCACUGCGCUGCCUCCUCCAAGUGCCCAGCAGGGACCAAAACCCCCACCAUGCUGCUGCCCAGCUGCACUCCAGAGAAGCGAGGAACCUCUGGGAGAAGCGUGUGGGCCGCCUGCUGCUUGCGGAACUGGAGCACCUGGACCAGUCCCUCCUGGCGCUCAAUGAGCUCAUCAGCCGGGAUGAGCGCAUCAGCUCCAGCCCCGUGGCCAAGAUCGUGUUUGGGGACCCAGCGACCUUCCUGCCACAUCUGCCGCGGGACAGCGGGCUGCACUGCUCCCGCAUGUGGCGCUGCAGGAGGAGGCCGGGCGUGGCACACCUGCGGCACCUGCUGGAGCAGAAGAACGCCCGGGAGAGCGUGCCUGUGCUCUCCCACUUCCUCCAGCAUGAAGCAGAGCUGAGACUGUUGAAAUUUCUGCCCGAGAUUUUGGCCUUGCAGAAAAGUCUGGUGAAACAGUUCCAGAAUGUUUCAGAAGUGCAGUACCGCACCAUGGACGAUUUCAUCAACAGUCAGAAGUCAGAGGGGCUGAAGCAGCAAUUCCGAGACCAAGUCGGUGUCUUCCUGUCCACGUGGAACAAACUGAGACGGUCCCUGCAGACCAACGGGGAGAUCAAGCUGCCCACCCAGUAUUGCAUUGAGGACCUGGACCUGAAGUCGCCAUUUGAGAUCCUUCUGCCGCGACGCCGGGGCCUGGGCCUCUGCUCCACGGCCCUGGCCAGCUACCUCAUUGCUCUGCACAACGCCGCAGUCUACAAGAUGGACACGGUGUCCCAGGACGCCAGCAGCUACACUGUGGACGCCUCGGAGGUCAGCGACCUGCACGUCAUCAGCUAUGAGCUAGAGCGCGACCUGCACCCACUGAUCCUCUCGUGCUGCCAGUACAGCGUGGAGCAGGGCGCCGAGGCGCUGCUGGAUGUGGACCUGGACAAGCUGCAGCGCCAGCUGCUCACCCGCUUCCUCCAGGGAAAGCCCAGGGUCACACUCAAGGGGCUCCCCACGCUGGUGUGCAGGCAGGACUGGAACUAUGAGCACCUCUUCAGGGCCAUCAGGAGCAAGAUGGCCCAGAGUCCCCUGGGGCAUGCAGCCAGGGACGCCAUUGGUGGGCAGCUGCUGUCCUACAGCGACGCCUGUGAGGCCCUGUCGGUGGUUGAGGUCACCCUGGGCUUCCUGAGCACGAGCAGCAGUGACCCUGACAUGCCCCUGAGCACGUAUGUCCAUGACCUACUGCGCAUGAGGGACCAGACCCCACAGGUGCUAGAGGCCCUAGCCAGAUGCCAGCUCCGUCACGCAGUCGCCCUCUGGCAAUUCCUGUCAGCUCACAGGUCGGAGCAGCUGCUGCGCCUGCGCAGGGAGCCCUUCGGGGACAUCAGCCCUGAGUACAGGGAGGAGCUGAGCCCUGGGAACAGCAAACUCCUCCAGGCCUUCCUGAACCGUGCCAGCCUUGAUGCCUUCCUGCUGGAGCUGCACCACAUGAUCGUCCUCAAGCUGAAGGCCCCUGAGUGGACACCAAACUGGAGCCUGCGCGAGACUCUGGCAAGCUACCUGGACCCCCAGGAGAGCGAGGUGCUACCCGAGCUGGAAGCCCAGUUCCCCGAGGACAUCCCGCUGUCCAGCUGUGUGGCCGUGUGGAAGGCGGCCGCCAAGCUCAAGUGGAACCGUCAGGCCAGGUAGCGAGUGGGUGGCCAGCAUGGAGGCAGGCUAUGGACACGCUCCCCUCAGGUACCCUGUGCCACGGGAGCCAGCAUUUCACACCAUUCUGGAAGACAGGCCCAAGCCAGGCCCGCAAGGCGCCCCUCUCUCCUGCCGCUCCCCAGAGCCCAUGCUGUCAGCAGAUCCCACAGCGCCUUCGGGGGCAGUGGCAGGACCUGGCCCCAGCCCCUCCCGACUCGCUGCUGACCCCGGGCUCAGGGCUGUGGCCUGCCCUACUCCUGGCCCGGCCACACUGCAGUGGGGAUGUGGUCCUGGCAUCGCUGGGGGUCUUUCGGUAGCCACGUGCGCCCGGUGGGGUCUGCGCUCCGGGGUCUGCGGAGCUUGUCCUUCCUGUGCGACUCCGGGAGAUAGCCUGUGGCAUUCGGGAAGAGGGACAAGCCUGGCCCUCCUGGCUUCUCUCCUUGAACUUCUUGUCUCCAGCGGCCUGGAAGCGGGGGUCUGGCCCUAAGUGCCCGUUCUGGAGAGCCUGGCCAGGUGGGUCAGACCCCAGGGGCGAGUGACAGAAAUGGCUGCAGGCCAAGCACCCCCACAUUCUCAUCCAGGGUCCCUGCCCUGUGUCCACUGC